AGUAGAACGUAGCAUAGAGAAUGAAAGUCUACUGCUGAGAUACAAAAACAUCUCUAACACGAAGAGAAAUAAGUGGAAGGUGACCGUCUCGUGUUCUUGGCCACUYACACGACUAUGUAUCCGUGGUGUUGGUUCGUUUUUGUGAUUCUUCUACAAACAGCAGUAGAGAAUAAAGGCUCGCCGCCCACAUGGCCUUAUGGUAAAUAUACCCUUCUCAAGCCCAGGACAGGAUGUCCUGCAGGAUGGGAUGACAUGGGAUAUCUUUACCAAGACACAAUGAAUAAAAACCCAAGUAAUAACAGAUCACAAACUUUACACAUUGAUGGAGAAGUAGCUCGUAGCCACGUGAAAAGAUAUUUUUGCAGCAAGACAGAAAGAAUGGGCAAAAAUAUCACCCAAGUUUGGCCAUUAGGACAAUUUUGUGUAUACAGUCGCGUAAGCGAGACGUUGUAUGGCAUGACAAGUGGGUCGAUUGCUAUGUAUGACAGGGGAAAUAACUACGACAAAGAUCAAUCUAAAUUUACAAAAUUCUUUGAGUUUCUUAAAAAGAAGAUAUUCGGAUCAUACGAAGUCACGAGGUUGUAUUUUUCCUGUCAAACAAGUGGUGACAAAAAGAUUCCAAUCUCGUUACCGAUAACCAAACCCUUUUAUCUGCUGCCUUAUGGGUCACGUGACUGUCAACAAGUCAAAUGGAUGG